AUGGGAGGAGGCAAUGGGCAGAAGGCCAAGACGGCACGCGAAAGGAACAUGGAGAAGCAAAAAGCCGCCAAGGGAAGCCAGCUUGAGGCCAACAAGAAGGCCAUGAACAUCCAGUGCAAGGUGUGCAUGCAGACAUUUAUAUGUACCACAUCAGAGGUGAAGUGCCGGGAGCAUGCUGAAGCAAAGCACCCUAAGGCUGAUGUUUAUUCUUGUUUCCCACAUCUUAAAAAGUGA